AUGAGUACACAGGAAAAUAGAGAAAAAUUGCACGUUGAACAGAAACUAGCUAUUGAGUCUAUCAGAAAGUUUUUAGACUCGAAAACAUCGUAUGAUGUUCUUCCAGUUUCAUACAGACUGAUUGUCUUAGAUACAUCUUUGAUGGUAAAGAAAUCUUUAAAUGUUUUACUGCAAAAUAAUAUAGUAUCUGCACCUUUAUGGGAUUCUAAAACUUCAAAAUUUGCUGGUUUACUUACAUCAAGUGAUUUUAUUAAUGUAAUUCAAUACUAUUUCUCAAAUCCUGACAAAUUUGAGUUGGUUGAUAAGCUACAAUUAAGCGGCCUAAAAGAUAUAGAAAAAGCUAUAGGAGCGGAACCAUUAGAUAUGGCGUCUAUACAUCCCUCUAAACCUCUCUUUGAAGCCUGUUUAAAAAUGUUGAACUCAAAAAGCAGAAGAAUUCCUUUAAUCGACAAGGACGAAGAAACGCAUCGAGAAAUUGUUGUCAGUGUCUUAACCCAAUACAGAAUCUUAAAAUUUGUUGCAUUAAAUUGUAGAGAAACACAUUUUUUGAAGAGGCCAAUCGGUGAAUUGAAUAUUAUUAGUGAGCAAAACGUGAAAAAAUGCCGUAUGACUACUCCCGUUAUCGAUGUAAUUCAAUUAUUAACUCAAGGCGGCGUUUCUUCCAUUCCAAUAGUCGACGAAGAAGGCGUUCUGAUUAACAUAUAUGAAGCCAUCGAUGUUUUAGGUUUGAUUAAGGGUGGUAUUUAUAAUGAUCUCUCAUUAAGUGUUGGCGAAGCGCUAAUGAGAAGAAGUGACGAUUUUGAGGGCGUCUAUACGUGUACCAGGAAUGACAAACUGUCCACUAUCAUGGAUAACAUUAGAAAAUCAAGAAUACAUAGAUUCUUUGUCGUAGAUGAGAACGGUCGUCUUGUCGGUGUCAUGACGUUAAGUGAUAUUCUCAAAUACAUUUUGUUGGGCGAGAAUUGA